CGCUGCCGUGUUCCGUGUGGAAAGUUUACCGGCUCGGGUGCAAAGUUUCAGCCGUCUGCAAAGAGGAGCUCGUCGGCAAAUGAAUCUGGAAUAUGCUGGAGACAACAACGGGCGUACGGUUACUAGACUCAAGUAUCUUAGAUUAAAUUAACCAGGUCAGAGCCAGUGGAGGGAUGCUGCCGCGGCCGGAUAAGAGUUGUGAAUGAGGUCGGUGUUAGGGUGUUAGCAUUGAUCGUAUUGUCUCAGGGAGCCAGCUAGCUUGUCGCGAGUCGUUAGCUUGAAGUUAAACCAGGUCGCUAGCUCGCUGAUGUCCUGGACGUAUCUCACUUAACGUUUACUCCUGAUUUAAAUCGUCUGAGAAGAAAGAAAAAAAAAUGGCGUGUGAGCCCAACCGUGUCCGGCUACUAUGUAUGCUGUCAUUGACUUUUGGGUUUUUCAUUGUGGAAGUGGUGGUCAGCCGGAUGACCUCAUCCCUAUCCAUGCUGUCGGACUCCUUCCAUAUGCUGUCGGAUGUCAUCGCGCUGGUGGUCGCUCUCGUCGCGGUGCGGUUCGCCGAGAAAACGCACGCGACCAACAAAAACACCUUCGGCUGGAUCCGGGCUGAGGUGAUGGGGGCUCUGGUCAACGCCGUCUUCCUCACGGCGCUGUGCUUCACCAUCGUCCUGGAGGCGGUGGAGCGCUUCACGGAGCCCCACGAGAUCGAGAGUCCGAUCGUGGUCGCCGGGGUCGGGGCCGCGGGGCUCCUGAUCAACCUGCUCGGGCUCUGCCUGUUCCACGGACACGCCGGCGGCGGCCACGGGCACUCCCACGGCGGCCACUCUCACGGCGGCAAAGGCAAGAGGGGUAAGAUCGGCAAGUCGCAGAAAACCGAGAACGGAUCUUCGGGAGAGGAGACCAACAACUUGGUGGCGAAUCACAACAGCCCUGGAGAUGUGAGGCUAAGAAAUGACGUCAGCUGUAAAGACAACACAGAGGUGCAGAUGAACGGCAACACCCACUUCGACGAGAUGGACCACGACCACGACUCGUCGUCGCAGCUCAACAUGCGCGGGGUCUUCCUGCACGUGCUGGGCGACGCCCUGGGCUCCGUCAUCGUGGUGGUCAACGCCAUCAUAUUCACCUUCGUGUGGCAGCCGUGCAUAGACGGCGAAAAGUGUGUGAACCCGUGCAUCAACAGCCACGCCACGGACCACCACCACGACAACCACACCCUCGUCGACCUGCGGGAUGGUCCGCCCGUGGCGACCGCCGGCCCCUGCUGGGUCCUCUACCUGGACCCCACGCUCUGCAUCAUCAUGGUGUGCAUCCUGCUGUACACCACCUACCCGCUGUUAAAGGAGUCGGCGCUCAUCCUGCUGCAGACUGUGCCCAAGCAGAUCAACAUACCGGUGCUCAACGAACGGCUGCUGGGCCUCGACGGCGUCCUGGCCAUCCACGAGCUGCACAUCUGGCAGCUGGCCGGCAGCCGCAUCAUCGCCACGGCGCACAUCAAGUGCCACGACCCCACGUCGUACAUGGACGUGGCCAAGCGCAUCAAGGACUUCUUCCACGACGAGGGCAUCCACGCCACCACCAUCCAGCCCGAGUUCGUCACGUUCAACUCGGAGUCCCGAGACUCCCUGUGCGAGCUCUCCUGUCGGACUCAGUGCGCUCCCAAGCUGUGCUGCGGCUCCGCGGACAAACCGGGUUCCGACAAGAAGGCCGGCGCCGACUGCAAGGCCGCCGACGCCGAAGCCCUGGAGGUGAUCAGCGAGACCCCGGAGCAGGCCGCGGAUAUUCAGGUGCGUCCUCGGUCUGAGGCCGAGGUCAUCAUCACCAGAGAGGUGGAGUCGUCUCUGUGAGAUGGAGGGGACGGAGAGAAGCAGAGGAGAAGCAGGAAAAGUACAGCGAAAACAUCCACGUCGUUCGCAGAAAGGAAGUUUUUUCCGACCUGACUUUCCCCUGAUAAGGAAAUCAUUUUCCUUAGCCUUUUAUUCUCUGUUUUUGCCCUUCAAAUGUCCAUGUAUUUCAGCCUUGGCUCCUUUCAUCUCUCUCCACAUACCUUGGUUCCAGCCUCUUCUCUGCCACUCAGAAACCUCUCUCGUCUGGUCGCAAUGCAUGUUGGGGUUCACCGACCCCGUCUCCUCCAGGACUGGAGCGAGGCCCGCAUGAGUGUCCCUCAUUAGCGCCGUGUUGUGAUGUGUCAUCUCGUCCCAUGGUGUUUCUGUGCCAAAGCUUCUCACUGCAGGACUGAAGGGAUCCGAGAGACGUCCUUUCCUCGAAACGGACACACACAACACAUGCAGAGCACACAUCACUUGGUUAAUUAGUCGCCUAAGGACCUUGUCGGCAAAGAGUCUACCUUUUUUUUGUGUGUAGGCUUUGAGCUGAUCUAUUUUCUUACCUUCUGGCACCAAGUGGAAUAGUAUUAUACUGCAUAAUAAUUUAAGUAUUUAAGUUAUUAGAAAUUAUCUUUUACUCUUUCUAGAUGCUGUUUAGAAUAUUUAGUUUGGACCAUAGAUUCUUCUUCUUCUUUUUUUCUUUUUUUUUUGCAAUUUUCCUGUUGUGGGAUUUUUUGAUGGACCAUCUAUGCUGUAGUCAAGUUUUUUCAAAUGUGACGUUUUUAUAAAGAAAUUGUUUUUUCAGACAGAUUUCUCUUGGGCCUUGACUCAGUUUUAAUUGCAGUCAUCAUUUGGGUACAAAACGCCGCGUCGACACCUCUCUCACCUUGCCUUUUAAACUGCUGUGGUAUAGCACUCAGUACAGUAGACACAGUGCGACAGAACUUCUCACGACAACACACUCACCCCACAAUGAAGGUUCAUGAAUUUGCUGCCUCGCAAGUCAGGACGUGGGGCCUGUGGCGAGGACACGACAACUGUCUGCAUUAGUGAAACACUAUUUUCUCGUAUGAACCUGUACUGGGGAGCUUUCUUUUGAUGGUUGUUGGUUGACUUUUGUCUUUAAAUGCCCUCGUGAAUAUGUUCGGCACCUCGUCACAAUCCAUGCUGAGGGAGUUUUUUUAUAUUUCCAAGAUGCUCUACUAUGUUUGCAUGACCAAACUGAGACCCGGUGUUCGACUUUUUCAAACUGCUCCUCCAAGAGCUCCAGUUGCUGCUUACCAGCGCCUGCUGGUAUCCUCCAAUAUUACUCAUAACUGUGUAGGGAAUGACUCAUCGUAUAGCUCAUUUGUCCUCUGCUUUGGACGGCUCAGCAGGCUGUUUGCUGAAUUUAAGUCCUUAUGGUGGCCUUUGAAAUUGUGUGACUUUUUCCCUCAUCAGAACAAAUAUUGCCUAAAGCUGAUCUAUCGACGCUUUUUUUUCCAGAUUCCCACUCUCGAUUACAUGUGUAUGCAAAAUAGAAAUAUGUUCUGGGAAAUGUAUUUUUUGUUUGUUUGUAAUGUUUGGUCACUUUUAUUCUGUCUUUUAUGACUUGAGCUCUAUGUGCAAAUUGAAAACAAGUGUUUUUUUUUUAUUAUUAUUUUAGAUAUGACACGUCAGCUGAUGUGUUUUUGAUAUAUUCAUAUAUAUAUCUACAGGACCUGUCCAAUGUGUCGUUGUGAAAUAAAAACAAAAAAAAAUGGCUGGUUGGUUCAGCUGGAGAACACA